CUUUUUUGUGUCUCCAAUAUUUUUUUUGACAAACAUGAAGAGAUAUCUUUGUUUAUAUUUAUCUGUUAUACUUGUAAUAGCAUUAGCAGUUAGUUUUGCAAUGGCAGAUACAAAUACAUUUUCUUCUUCCUUUUCCUCUGGAAAUGGAGAAGCUUCAGGAUUCUCCUCUUCAACUGAUGGAAAGCAAUCCUCCGCAUCCAACUCCCAAGUCGAUUCUACUGGAAAUGGUUCUGCUGCUUCUGAAGAUUCCAGCUCUACUACUUCUCAAGGCACCUCUAGUUCAUCCAUAUCUUCUUCUGUAGGCUCUGCCAACGCCAAAGGUAUUACAGCAGGUAACAAUGGUAAGAGUUCAACAGCAGCUGGUUCUAGUGCGUCUUCCAGUCAAGAUGGUGCUGCAAUAAGUUCAAGUGGUUCAACCAGUUUUGAUAAGAAUAUUAGUGGAGUGAACUUUCAAGGUUCACAAACCACUACUUCAUCUUCCUCUUUUGGAAGUGGACAAGGGGUUUCUGCUUCUGAUAGUAAUACUCCUAAUACAAGUUCAGAAAGCACUACAGGAACAAGUGGCAACGCUGCAGCAAAAGACUCCUCAAGUAGCACUUCUGGACCUAGCGGAGUGACAAGUAGUACAAAUGCCAAUGCUAAAAGUAGCUCUAGUGGUUCAGCAGCAGCACAAGGAACUGCCAAAGCUUCUACAAACUUGAGCUGUGUUUGGCAGUACAAAGAAAAGUGUUUACCUUGUGCUCACAUUGAGAACGAUGUUUGUAAAUGUUACUGGAAUGUAUCGGAUCAAUGUAUAUGUACGAGUUUAACUUGUGCAAAGCCUUUGUUUCAAGCAAGUGUGGAAUCCAGUGCCACCGCAUCUUCAAGUGAUGGUGGUUCUUCUAGUGCAGGAGCCAACGCUGCUUCCAGUCAGUUGGGUGGCGGUGCCAAGUCUCAAGCACUAGGUUCAAGUACAGGCUCAGGCUCCGUCAGUGCUUUGAGCCAAGCACAAAGUAUUUUGGAUCAGGCAGAAGGCAGUGUUCAAAGUCAAGGUUCUAGUUCCAAUGGAGGAGACUUUGGUUCACUUUCUGGUAGUUUCUUUCGCCAAGGUAUCCAAGUGACAGCUACUUCCAAUAGCUCUGAGUCUUGUUCUACUGUUGGUCCUUUUCAACUUGACUCUGUACGUUUUUCUUUUCUAAACACUGCUGAUGGAAUGGUUUUUCUACAAAUUUGUAGCACGGCAUAAGUUACCUUUUGUUUAUACUAAGUUUUUUUUAAAAAAAAAUUGGAGCGACUUUGAAAAAGUUGACUUGGAAUAAAGAUUGAUUUAACUUAUGUUUUUGAUUGAACGGUAACGACUUCAGUAACUACAAAUUUUUAAGUGCUGCGUCUAAAAUUGCAUUCAGUUGCUAACAAGAACCAAUAAACCCCAGAUAUCUUGAUCAAAAACCUCUUCUCUUUUAUACAGCAGAUGAUCAAACUAAACAAUGUAUCCACUGAAAAAUGGUGCAACACGAGAGAAUACUGCUUUUGGGAGUGUGGAGUUCGAGAUUUCGAAUGUAAAUAUAAAACUUGCACAGUUGAACAACACGAGGAGACUAGAGUUUCUAGUUGCUAGAAUUUUACGUUUCUUCUUGUUGUUUUGAAGCUUCCAGAAAACCAAACCGUGCAAUCUUUGCCCUCCUUUUUGUCUUUAAAUAUUUAUAUAAACUUUAUUAGCCAUAAAGAAGUGCUUCAAAGAAAGUUUUGGCCAGAUGAAACUUUUUGGUUGUGACAUUCCUGAAGCUGGUCACCCUCAGGACUUACUGUUUGCUUGUCAAAGUUUGCAGUUUUGACAACUGCCACAGGAAAUUGUUUUGUUUUCGAAUCUGAUUCCUCAAUAAAUGACAGGUUAAUUGA